CGCGUAUAUUCAAUGAAUCGAAACCAGUGUUGAGUAGAUUCUUGUGCUGCUGAAAACUUUUUGUAUAAAAUGAGGGUAAAGCUUAAAACACUUCGCUUCCUUGGUGGUUUUGUUUGUGGGGCAGCUGUAAGCACUGCAUCAUGUGUCGCAGUGAUAAAUCUUUACAAGCAGGAUAUUCCGGAUAACACUGAUGAAAAAGAAGAUCCAUCUGGGGGAGCUAUAGGACGGUAUGGCUUCCCCUUGACAGGUGCUGAAAUAAGACGCUACGCCAACCAUACACUGUCAUAUGACCAGGCCAAAAAAACACCAAGAUGGGUUGCAGAGCAUAUCUCCAGUCAAAAACUGUUGGGUAAAGCGGAAAGAAAACAUUGCAAAUUCAGGCCAGAUCCUAGUGUCCCUCAGCUCUUCACAGCGCACAAUGAGGAUUACCUUGGGAGCGGCUGGUCCAGAGGCCACAUGGCCCCUGCGGGGGAUAACAAAUUCUCUGAGCAAGCAAUGGCGGAGACGUUUUACCUGUCGAACAUUGUGCCACAGAAUUAUGAAAACAAUGCUGGUUUCUGGAACAGGCUGGAAAUGUACUGCAGAGAGCUGACAAAAAGAUUUGAAGAUGUGUGGAUCAUUACAGGACCGCUGGUACUGCCUGUAGUGGGGGCUGAUGGGAAGAAGAAUGUCUCCUACAAGGUUAUAGGGAAAGACGAUGUGGCUGUCCCCACCCACCUCUUUAAAGUCAUCCUGGCCCAGAGGAGGGGUUUCCAGUCACCAACGCUGGCUUUAGGCGCCUUUGUGGUCCCAAACCAGCCCAUCAGUUUCGAUCACCCCCUGACCGAGUUCCAGGUCAGCUUGACGGACCUGGAGAGGAUGUCAGGGCUCACCUUCUUCCCCAAAGUGGACCGUGUUCAGAGUGUCAGGAACCUCUGCGAGCUGGACUCCUGCAGUCUAAUGAACUUUAAGGAGUUCACCCUUUACAUAACGAGCCGCAAGGUGGGUAGUGCCAGGACUACUGCUAGCCUGGAGAAGGCAAUGGCGGAACUGAAGGAGGCCAGCAUUUCCCCAGAUAGCUACCUGCUCAAACUCUACGCGGAGAAGAAGAACGAACUUGCGGCCAAAGAGAGUCAAGUGGACAAGACAGGGCGUUAAUGUCAAAUGUAAACACAUUGUUUACCUUGAUAAAGAAGACUCAUCUCUUAAUAUAUAGAGAUUGUACCAUCUUGUUGUUGCGUUGUGUUAGCCUGUUCAAGAAGAGGGCUUUACUAGAUAAAUGGUCUUAGUUAGACAGUUUUUUUUUUCAAUGAAUCAGGACACUGUAUGAAGCUGUAUUAAUUGGUGUUAAGGAGGAGAAAUGUUAAGUGAUUGCAUAUUUGCGUCUAGCAACCAACCGGACAGUUUUGCUUGCCAUUUAGGACCAGACUUUGGGGCACAUGGAGAAGUGUAUUGCUGGAAAAUAUGUCUACCAUUUCCAGGUUUUAAUUCAGUUUUAACAGUAAUGCAAUUCUGUAUGUUUUCCCUGCAUUUUUACACCAUUUAAAGUUUUUUUAUGAACACGA